CAGCCGCAGUCCAAGUCAUAUGAUCUCCAUUCUCCAACGACUUCUGCAACCAUGUUAGCACUCCAAUCUUUCAUUGCAGACCAAAAUUCCAAGCUAAUAUAUCAAAAGUCCACUCCGUAAUUCGUGGAAUCAUAUAUACAACUUGGACCAACUGUUUUUCUGAAGAGUAAAGACUACAUAAUCAAAGUCCAGUCAUGUCUUCUCAUUCUACAGCUACUAGUCACCAAAGGCAUAGGAUCUUGUUUCCUCUGCUCAUCAUCUACUUGCUACUCAAUCUCUACUAUCUAGUUGAAGCUGAAGAUGAAAAAAGUGUCACCAACAUUGGAGCAAUCAUUGAUGUUAAUUCUCGUAUCGGGAAACAACAGAAAGCUGCCAUGGAAAUUGCUGCUGAAAAGUUCAACAACCAGUCAGAAACUCAUGAGAUAGUCCUUCACUUUUGUGAUUCUGGCCGCGACCCUUUUUUGUCUGCCUAUGCUGCUGAACAUUUGAUAAAGGACGAGAAGGUGCAAGUGAUACUUGGUAUGGAGACUUGGCAGGAAGCAGUUACAGUAGCCGAUGCAGUCAAAAAUCUAUCUGGUGAUCAAGUGCCGGUCAUUUCCUUUGCAGCACCAGCCAUACAACCGCCGCUAAUACAACGCCGUUGGCCUUUCCUGAUAAGAAUGGGAAGCGAUGUUGCUGCUCAGAUGAAAUGUAUUGGAGAUGUAGUUUCAGCAUACUACUGGAAAAGGGUAGUUGUAAUUUAUGAAGACGAUGGUUAUGGUGGUGGCAUUGGGAGGUUAGCUGUUUUAUCCCAGACUCUAAGAAAUGUUGGAGCAAAGAUUGAGCAACGUAUAGUUCUCCCACGACUUUCUGAUGAGUCUGAUCCAUAUUGGGAUGAAAUUGAGGAGCAGCUUAAGUUGCCCAAUGUACAGUCUCGGGCAUUUAUAGUUCUUCAGUCAUCUUUGCCAACAGUAACUGGUCUAUUUAGAGUUGCUAAGAAGGUGGGACUUGUAGGAGCAGAUUCAGCUUGGAUCAUCACAGAGAUUAUUUCUAGUUUGCUUGACCCUCAGGGCAACCAUGAUAUGGAAGGUACUCUCGGAAUCAAGACUUAUUAUGCCACAAAUACUACUACUUAUGCCAGUUUCCGUAAUGAAUUCAGAACAAGGUAUCCAGAUGAAGAUAACUCUAAGCCAGGAAUCUAUGCUCUUCGAGCAUAUGAUAUUAUUUCAAUCAUCACACAGGCCAUAAGUAGUAACACUAAUACUAAUACUAGUCUUCAAGAUUCAGUAGAGAAAAUGUUGAGCAAUUACAACGGUUUGAGUGGGAAAAUGCAACUCAAAGGAGGUCAGGUAAUGCUGGAUAUUCCGAGAUUCAGGAUCAUAAAUAUUGUGGAUGGGAAGACAGAUAAAGAGCUAAACUUGUGGACACAAGAGUUUGGAUUUUCAAAAGACCUUGUUGAAGUAUCAGGCAAACACAGAAGUAGUGAUGAUGUUGGCAAUGUAACUUGGCCUGAGCACCUAAAACUAAAAGGGCGUUCCUCCAAAGGCUGGGCAAUGCCGACACUUGAGAAGAAAAUGAAAAUUGCGAUACCGAUUGACAACCUUGCAUUUACAAAUGUCACGGGGGAGAACACAUAUGACGGUUUCUGCAUUCAGCUUUUCAAUAUGGUGGUAGGAAAUUUGAGUUAUUCCUUGCCACAUGAAUUUCAUGAAUUCAGAGGCAAUUACAGUUACUUGAUAGAACUGGUACACAAAAAGAUUUACGAUGCUAUUGUUGGUGAUGUAACUGUAUUUGAUGAUCGUGUCGACAAAGUGGAAUUCACUCAGCCGUAUAUGGAGUCUGGUUUGGCAAUGAUUGUGCCAGAUAUAUCUUAUGAGGAGGAGACAUGGAUGUUUAUGAAACCCUUCACAUGGCAAAUGUGGGUGGUGACUGGUGCCAUCUUACUCUACACAACCUUUAUAAUAUGGUUUCUUGAGGCACCGUUCAGUCCAGAGUUCAAUGGCUCAUUUAAGAGUCAGAUUGCUUUUUCAACUUGGUUCACCUUCUCGUCUUUGUUUUUUUCUCACAGAGAAAAGGUCUACAGAAACUUGACUCGAAUACCGUUUAUAGUGUGGUUGUUUGUUGUAUUGAUCUUAAACUCAAGCUACACUGCUAAACUGUCUUCACUGCUUACCAUCCAACGACUAAGCCCGAAUGUAACAGACAUUGAGAUGUUGAGGAGAACCAACUCAUUAGUUGGUUGCGAAGCAUUCGCCAAAAGUUAUCUAGAGGAUAUUUUUCUUUUCAAUCCUGGUGCUGUUGUGGUUAUAGACAGAAGCUACAAUCCAGAAGAGAUAAGACAAAAAAAAUUGUCUGCUGUGUUUCUUGAAUUGCCAUAUGCGCGAGUAUUCAUGGACAAGCACAAGGGCUUUACUCUCACCAGUCCCACCUACAGCUAUGGAGGCUUUAGCUUUGCAUUUCAGAAAGGCUCUCCAAUAGCCAGGGAUUUCUCUAAGGUCAUUCUGGAUCUAUUGGAGAAUGAAGAAGUGAGAAAACUUGAAGAUUACUGGUUGACGCCAAACAAACGUCAAACCAAUACGACUUACGACAUGCCAGAAAGCUUAAGUCUCAAGAGCUUUUGGGGUCUCUUUGUAAUAUCUGUGGCUACUUCCACCUUCUGCUUCCUAAUAGCUCUUACCGUCUGGCUGAAGAAGUUAUAUAACUUGCUAGUGUGCUUCUCUGUCUGGUUAAAGUAAUUUGCAUUCAAUUUGUCAGAUAAAUAUAUGCGUUUCAAACUAUCAAUCGUUCACCGGAUCACAAAUUUACAACCACAACGACAGAACUCCAAGAAUCACACAACAGGAAGCAUAGCUAUUUUUUGUAGUUUU